AUGGCAUUAAAGACAUUUCCGAGAGUCAAGACCAAACCAGACUGCAAAAAGACGCUUCAAUCGAAAACAAAGAGGAGGAAGAGGAGGUCCCAAAUCCUCUUCAAUAUCGCCCACGAAGAAAUCAUCAACAACAAACUUCUGUAAAUUCGCCUGCUAAUCGAGUGAUUUAAAUAAUAGAAAAAAAUUGAUUCCCAAAAUCUUUUUUUAAAAAUAAAUUUA